AUGCGUCCAGACGGCCCCCGUGAUCCCAUCGUCGGCCCUGACAGCGGACCCGCGCCACCAUUUCCUCUCAAAUUGAACGGCGAAGUCGUCAAGGGCUUUGGACGAGGCAGCAAAGAGAGAUACAAUACUGAUUUUUGCUAUACGAAACACAGNCUCGGCAUCCCGACAGCCAACAUCCCCCUCUCAGGCCUCACAGUCGGCGGCCACGACGACAUUGAAUCAGGCGUCUACUAUGGCUACUGCUCUUUGUCAUCUUUCCCCUCCACCGUAUUCCCCCAAGUCAUGUCCAUCGGCUGGAACCCCUUCUACAAAAACAGCGUCCGCAGUGUCGAAGUCCACGUGCUCGAAAAGUUCGACAAGGAUUUCUAUGGCUCGCAUAUGAAUCUUGUGAUCUUGGGGUUCAUUAGACCAGAGUAUGAUUAUGUGAGCAAGGAGAGCUUGAUUGAGGAUAUUGAGUUUGAUGUUGGUGUUGCGAGGAGGGGGUUGGAGAGGGAGGCGUAUAAGAAGUUUGUGGAGGAUGAGUAUCUCAAGGUGUUUGAGGGUAGGAGUGGUGUCGCUAGUUAG